GCUUUCUAGGCUGGCAGAACUUUAGUUAUUCGAUCUUUGUUUCCACCAUCACGAAGGGCGGGCCAGUGAACUGGGGUAGCAUUUCUUUUCUUUUGUUCUUGUUGAUUUAAAGCCCAACAUUAUUCCAUGAUUGGGGCUCACGCCAAGUUUCCUAGGCCUCUUUUUAACCUUGGAAACUUCUGUGCUCAUGGUGGAAAUAGCUUUGUUGAGAAUCCGUAUUUUGAACCAUGGUCCACAUUGACAGUUGAUGGAAAAAAUGCCUUCUAUGAUCAUAAAUUACAAUUAUAAGAGGCCAAACGAGCUCAGUGAGUGAUCAUAUUGUUUCUUUCUCAGUUAUCUUUCCUCUCUGUAUUGUUUUCAUAGUGUUAGUAAUGGGGAAGUUCUCUUUUCCUUCAUGGUGCUUCUCCUGCACUUCCUUCUCAUCCUCUUCACUUCCUCAGGAAGAAACCAUUGCUGGACCUUCUACCCUUCCACCAUCUUCCCCACAAUCAGUAAAUGCUGGGCCUUCUACUACUCCAUUAUCUUCUCAACCUUCUCAACAACCAGCUAACGCUGGACCUUCUACUACCACUCCAAAAGAUUUGGAGACUUUUCUACAUAAAUUCAAUGAUGUAAGCCAGCUUCACGAUCUGAUAAAGUUCGUCGAACAUCUAUUGAAGAUCGCGUCGGGAGAGAAGAAGGAAGAAGGAUCUAGUGCCGAAGUAAAUUCUUAUAUCCAGGAUGGCCAAACACUACUGGAGUUUGUAGAUAAACACAUUGGCAAACUUCCUCAAGAGAAGGAUUCGAUAGAUAGGUUAGGUGCAGAGACACAGAAAAUUCUCACAGAUUUACUCUAAGGCGCUGGGAAAAUUCACUGGGUGGGGGCAGCACUUUCUAUGGUGGAAUUUGUAUUGGCUAGAUAUAAUGAGAUGUCUAACAACCAAAGAGAGUGCCUUGAAAUUUUGAAAGCUAUGCUUAAUCUUGGAAAGCAAAUUAAGGAGUUGGAUGAGCAAAUGCCAGAUCAGAAGCAGCAUUUAAAUGAGGCAGUGGAGUGCAUCGUUGUAGGAUGCAGCAUCUGCACCUCCCAACUUACAGCCGCCAAAAUUUUCAGAUUUCUUACUGCUUCAGUAAAUGCCGAGAGUUUAAAGGCUUGCCAAGUGAGAAUAGACCGCCUGUACAACGAUCUUCAAUUGUGGAGUAUCAUUCAAAUAAACAAAGAACAGCCAAAGUUCGCUCCCCCGUCACAGGACCAAUAUGCAUACAAACCAGCAGUUGGAAUCGACAGUGCACGAGAAGAAGUAAUCCGACUUCUAGAUUUGAGUGCACAACAUACAUCGCCACAAGCUGUGGUUGUGGUUGUCCAUGGAUUCGGAGGAAUCGGCAAAACAACUCUGGCCGAUGAUGUUUAUAAAAAUAUCGACCUCCAAAGUUAUAAGCAUUGCAGAAUUCACAUGCUUCAACAAUGUACAGAGAAUGAUCUCAAAUCCCUCCAAGAACAGAUUUUGAAUGGACUGUUCAACCUGAAUGUGAAAUUGAGAGACUGUCACGAAGGUCAGGGAAUGAUCUCCGGUCACAUUUCACAAAGAAUCGUAAUCAGCCUCUAUUUCUGUAUAUCGACAAUGGUCUCCAAAGAGAAGAUCUGAAGAAACUUCUACCUGCAAACUUGGGCAGCUGCCUUCCACCCAACAGCAGAAUACUUCUCACUACCCGAAAUCUACGGGAGACCGACAUCUUUGUCUCCUGGAAAAUUGAACGCCGACCAUAUGCGGUGAGCCCUCUUCCAUCGCCAGAGGCAAGAAAUCUUUUGCUGAUGAAUGUUUCGGAGUACAAUGAUGAAAGGAACAUAGGCGCGCUGCUCAAGCUUUGUGGUGGCGUUCCGCUUCUGCUUGAUUUAAUUGGUUCGCAACUGGCUAUAAGUACUAAAAAUGCAAACGAUAUAGAAAUAUUAGAGAUGAUUAGAGAAGGAGAGAAGGUGGAAGACGAAGAUAUCACCGACCGUAUGGUUGAUUUUGUCUACCAUAGAUUGUCGCCGCGUGUCAAAGAGGCUUUCCUGGACAUCACAUCCUUCUUUCCAACACGAGGCUUUAUGAGUAAAUAUGUGGCAUACAGAGUUGCAGAGGAGGAAUUCAGAGCUCUCGAAGAGGUGUCAUUCGUCAAGACAGAUGCAGGUGGCCGUCUGAUUGUUCAUGACAUAGUCCGAGCAAGAGGGAAAAAGAUGUCAGAGGGAAACAGAAUAACAGAUCCUGAGAGUUUAUUGGAAUGUUUGAAACAUGAAGAGAAACUCAAAAAUUUAAAAGGCAUCUUUUAUGGUGAACCAUAUGAGCACCCUCCGAUAGAAAUUAAUGAAUAUCACCUUAACUCUAUGAGUAAUUCGUUAAGAAUACUAUAUUAUGGAAACGUAUCGCAACUAACCUUCAAGGGGAAAUGUCAUAAAACAUUUAAACAACUCAGACACCUCGAACUUCCAAAAGACAUCUCUGAUUUACCAAUGGAGUUUGAGAAACUAGACCAUCUUUUCUUCUACGAUAGCCCAUUGACGCAAGGCAUGAGUUUGUACGAGCUUCCUCCAAAUCUGCGUGUGAUGGGCAUUACAAAUAUAAUUUCUUCUGAGAACGGAGUUGCAAAUUCUAUAAUUCCUUCCCAGGACACUCCUCGCUUGUAGAAUUGCGCUUUCUCAAUAUUCCAACUAUGGAAAGGUUACCAGAUGGAGUGGAGAAGCUAACAAAGUUAGAGGAAUUAGAGAUAUAUGAUUGCCCUAAGUUGAUGGAACUUCCUUCCAAAAUUGGAGACGUCAGCUGAUCCGAAUUAUGGAUUCGGAUGACAAGAACCGGAAAUCAUAGAAUUGAAGCAAGCCAUAAAGUAAUCUAUUUCAUUCGAAAACCCAACAUAUAGAAGUUCAUGAGAUUCCAAGAGCCACAAAAAACCUCUUGAGAAUUGAAGUCCAAUAGUCACAUUUGUUCAUUACAUAAUAAAAUCUAAAAACUACGAAAUUUUCAAAAAAACUAUAUGAAAUUUUAUCCUAACUUCAACUAGACAUAACUUUAUGCUCGGGACUGGAAAUUACAAGCCGUUGAUCUUGUUGGAAAGGUCUCCAAGAGUUGUAGACACAAAUUUGAAAGAGCAUGCCGCUUUCAAGGGCUAAAAAUGCCCUUAAGACCUUCAAAAAUGCUAAUUACUAACAUACAGACAAACUAAAGUAAAAAAGAAUAUAAUUCAAAUUUUCUUCUGAUCAUCAGCAAUUUGGAAAAAAUAACAUUGUUCAACUAUCCUGGCUUAGAAGAAUGGCCAUUAAGUUUUGGAGUAUU